UUUUCUGUGACGUUACUCGUUGAAUGAGUUGAGUUGAUGGAGACUCUGGAGCCACACAACAGGUGUGGGUACCACACCACCGCUGUAUAUUCCAAUUUUGGCUUCACAUAAGUUAUAAACAACUUUUCUAACAUUUCAACCUACAUCUAUUUGGAAGGAGCUUCGUGUGAGUCAACAUGGCCGACCACCACCAACACCAGCGUCAAGCCCAGCACCUACCCCAGCACCUACCCCAGCACCUACCUGAGCACCUACCUGAGCACCUACCUGAGCGCCUACCUGAGCGCCUUCCUGAGCGCCUACCUGAGCGCCUACCUGAGCACUUACCUGAGCACCAAUCUAAGCGCCUUUCUGAGCGCCAGUCUCAGCACCUUCCUGAGCGCCUUUCUGAACGCCAAUCUCAGCAUCUGCCUGAUCGCCUGCCUGAGCGUCAAUCUCAGCGCCCACCUGAGCGCCUGCCUGAGCGUCAAUCUCAGCGCCCACCUGAUCGCCUUCCUGAGCGUCAAUCUCAGCGCCCACCUGAGCGCCUGCCUGAGCGUCAAUCUCAGCGCCUGCCUGAGCGCCUUCCUGAACGACAACACGAACGCCAUCAUAAAAAUCAGUCAGAACGCUUACCUGAACGCCUGUCUGAGCGACUACCUGAACGCCUACCAGAGCGCCUACCCGAACGCCUACCUGAACGCCUACCCGAGCGCCUACCUGAACGCCUACCCGAACGCCUACCUGGACACUUACCAGAACGCCUACCUAGACACUUACCUGAACGCCUACCCGAACGCCUACCCGGACGCUUACCUGAACGCCUACCCGAACGCCUACCCGAACGCCUACCCGAACGGCAUCACGAGCGUCAAAGUGAUCGCCGACAUGAUCGUCAACAUGAACAACAAUACGAACGUCAUCACGAACGGCAAGAACGCCAGCACGAUCGUCAGCAUGAACCCCAACGCGAGCAUCAGCAUGACCGUCAACACGAACGCCAAGAACACCAACAUGAGCAUCAACACGAACGUCAACAUGAACAUGAACACGAACGCAAACUUGAGCAUAUGGACAAUAUUCGUCAGUUAGAGCGUCAGCAAGAGAACCUGCGUGAGCUUACUGAUGGACGUGCGCGCGAGCUCAUUGAUGACCGUGCGCACGAGCGUAUAGAGGAUUUAAAAAAUGAACACAUUGAUGAUGGUGCGCGUGAGUGUAUUGAUGACCGUGAGCAGGCGCUUAGAGAGGAGCGGCAGCAGGAGCGUGAGGAGGAGGUGAUGAAGGUAGCAGGAGCAGCAGGUGACACAGUGAUGGUAGUAGGUGGGGGAGGGCGCGUAUUACGUAGGUCCUCCACUUCUCUGACCACCUCCCUCACCUCCGUGGUCAGCGUAUCAGCGGCGGAGGGUCGCGAGAGGACCAGGAACAGUGACAAGAUACGCAAGGUGGAGCAGAGCUAUCUGGAUAGCAGGAGGAGGCCGAGAGGUCGACAGAGUUUUCCUGUGGCCUCCCGUGCGGGGCUCAGAGACGCUCCCAAGGCAAAGGUUGAGAAUGGGAGGGUGCAGGCACCCAGCGUCAGUGCCGCUGUGAGUGCCGCCGAGUUAGCUGCCGCCCGCGCCGCUACCGCCGACUCCGACAGAAGGUGCCGUAAGUACAGCAGAAGCGUGAGCAGCCUGGCGUCGGUACUACGGCCGCAAGAGGUAGAAAGGCAACAUAAAGCUCACAGGCGCCGACACUCUCAGAAAAGUAACAAGUACGUGGCCAGCGCCACACACGCCCACCCACUACAUCCCGCCGCCCUCAACGAAGUCCACGGACGCCCACUGUGGCGUCCGAUACCUGCAGCAGCGUCCCUGGCCGACCCCAUUAAGCCUAGCAUGUCUGGGAGCGCCUCCUGCUGCUAUUGCUGUCAUGCUGUCAAGACAGCAUCCCCCGCUUCCCUCCUCCUCCUCCCUCUACACCUCCUCAUCCUCGUCAUCUUUAUCUCAUACCUCAUCAUGGGGGCAUUCAUCUUCUCCAAGCUGGAGGGCCCUGAAGGAUUGAGGAACAUGGCAGUGCUGGUGAGACGGACUACUGUCACUCUGCCAGGGACGCCCAGGGACCCAGACAUGGCGGCGGCCAGGGAAGAGCUGGUAGAGCGUCUCCUCAACACCUCCCUCAAUAUCGUGCUCUACAGGAGUCCAGACCGCUUUGUCGCCGCUAUCUCCACCUCCCCCAGGCUGCAGGCGGCCAUGAGGGCUUUCAGGCAAGCAGGUGGAUGGGAUCUUCCCUCAGACAGAGAGUUGAAUGUGCUGGGUCGUUCUCUGAUGACAGAGUGGCAGCAGAAGUUACAUGAUGUCACUGCUCGUUAUUACACCUUAGUCACCCGUCAUGCACACGGCUUCCAGGUAGGUCUUAAGGAGCGGGAGGAAGUAUGGAGCAGCGAGGAGCCACCUGCAGUGUUACCUUGGACCCUUUGGCCCUCCCUCUUUCAUGUAUUUUGUCUGGUCACCACCAUCGGCAGCAGCGUGCAAACUCAGACCUCUGGAGGGAGAGCUACUGCUCUUAUAUACACCCUGGUGGGGGUAAUGCUGUACCUUGGCGUUGUGGUGGUGUGGGCAGCCAGGCUCGGGGCCACCUACUCCCUCCUCAUCAAAAUGUGCACCAAGAGCAAGGUUGACUCAGCAGGAGGGCCACUGCGAGCAUCACCAUACCACAGUAUGGACAAGCCAUCCUCAAUGCCCAGCCCUCCUCAACCCACUCUGGCCAGGCUCACGCUUCUUGCUACAAUCAUUGUAGUGUAUGUGGCAAGUGCUGGGGUUCAGGUGAUGGGAGGGCGAGACUAUUGGACUGGAGUAGAGAAUGCUAUCUUUGUCUUACUCACACUCAGACCACCCACACCUCUACCUCAGGGAGCAACAACAGUGACUGGUUUCAUUGCAUACGUCAUGGUGGGCCACAUCUUACUUGCUCUCUUCAUCUAUGUCUUUAAGGUGAGUUGCUUGUCCUCUUGUAUAUGCACGUGCUCCUCAGAGAGCAACACAACCAGCUUAUCAUAUUCCUGGGUAUUAUUAUGUUAUGUAGCAUAGUACUUUUAGGAGACUAUUAUUAUUAUAAUCAAAAGGAAGCGCUUAAGCUACCAGGGUCAUACAGUGCUGCAGGGUAGGAAUUCAUGCAGGAUCUAAGGAUAAAUAAGGGUGGAGAUGACAAUAAAGGUAAAGUUAGGAGUGGCUGUGAGGAGUGCUAAAGGAAGGAUUAUCAAAGUUUGUAUAAUAAAUAAGUUGCU